GUUUGUAAACAAAACAGUUCUCUCCCCUGUCAGCUCCAGCACACUGCUUGGCAUAGCACAGCCAUGCCAAGCAGUGUGCUUACAGUGAAGCACUAACUCAGCCACACAGUCACACAUUGUAAAAAGGCACACAGUUAACCCCUUGAUCACCCCACAUGUUAACCCCUUAAUGCCCAGUACCAUUAGUACAGUGUCAGUGCUUUUUAUUAGCACUGAUCACUGUAUUGGUGUCACUGGGGAUGUCAGUGACACCAAGCCAGUUCCCCCCAGUGUCAGAAUCCCAGCCACAAUCCUGCUAUAA